CGAGACUAACGGGUCCCCGACCCACAUAUAUAGGGGUCUUGUGCUGAAUACAUACAACAACAACAAAUGAAAGAGAUGGCCGGAAAGGUUCAGGCGCCGUCGAAUCAAUUAGGGGCGGGAGUGUGGGAAUUGUACGAGAGUAAGGGGACGAUAGGGAGGGGACGCUACGGAGCUGUGUAUAAGGCGGUUCAAAAGGCUACGGGCCAAACUGUGGCCUUGAAGGAAUUCGAGCACCCAGGUGAUGGGCAAGGCUUCACUCCUGAGAUUCUUCGCCAAGUGGCUCUUCUCAAAGACCUGAAUCAGUCCAGAUAUGUUGUAGAUCUCAUCGACGUUGAGACUCCAAGUUCAUCGGAUACAAGUAUCUAUCUCGUUUUCGAGUAUCUGGACAUGAACUUGGGCCACUACAUCAGCAAGUUUGAACCGGGAUUAAUGCCGAGAAGGACCAUCAAGAUGUUUGUGUUUAGUCUCUGCAAGGGGAUGGCUCACAUUCACUCACAUUUUGUGAUACAUGGAGACCUCAAACCUGACAAUCUUUUCGUGGAUGAAAAGCCAAGGAUCCUCAAGAUCGGAGAUGUUGGAGUUAGUCGCUCCAUUACUACCCCCGCCACGGCUUUAACACCUGACAUGGUCAGCUACCACUAUACGGCGCCUGAAAUUUACUUGGGAGGCAGAUACGGCCGCCCGGUCGACAUGUGGUCUGUAGGAUGUGCAUUCGCCGAGAUGUUGCUGGGCAAACCUCUAUUCUAUGGACGUGUUAAGGAACAAGCAUUGAGCUCCAUUUUCAGGACUCUAGGAGUACCAACCGAGGAGCAGUGGCCUGAUUGCACUACUCUGCCAAAUUGGAAUCCCGAUUGGAAUGCACAAGCUUCUGGAGGAGGAGCUGUGGGCUUGGAAGGGAUAAUUCCUGACAUUGAUGCAUAUGGACUUGACCUUUUAUAUAAGAUGCUAACCUAUGAUCCGGCAAAAAGAAUCACGGCUAAACAAGCAAUGAAACAUCCCUAUUUUGACCGAGAACGAGAAACUUUUGAAGACUGGGCUUUCUGAAGAAUUGUUUGAUAGAGAAUGGUUACCUAUGAUCCUGCAAAAUGAAUUCCUACGGAGAAGCUAUGAAAUGUCCUCAUUGACCAAGAAACUUAAGUUUGAAGACUUGACAGUUUUGAAGAAUGGGCGAUAGUGUUAUAAAAAAUAGUUAGUGCGUCAAUAGUUCAAUACUAUUAAGGUAUGAUAGAUGUGAUCAUGUGAACCUGUUCUACUUGUGCUCUCUGAUUUUGGAUUUAUGAUGUGACUUCUCUA